AUGAGCACUUCUAAUUUAAGAACUGUGUGCUAUAGGGCCUUCUUAUAGAUGGCGCGCAAUGCGCCAUCACCGAGCCAUGUCGGGAGAGGGUUCCACACGAGGAAUGGUUCUACGUGUGGAACCCUCUUUUUUUGACCUGUGAGAAAACUACUUUCCACGAGCCAAAAAGAGGGUUCCACACGUAGAACCAUUCCUCGUGUGGAACCCUCUCCCGACAUGGCCCGGUGAUGGCGCAUUGCGCGCCAUCUAUAGGAAGGCCCUAUAUGUAAUAGCUGCAAUCAACAAUAACAGUACUUACAAUAAUCUCAGCAUCCAACUUUAUGAUCAAGAAUUGCAUGAAACUAUAACUAACGCUUUCAGACACCAAAUUCGAGAGAGCAAUCUUAAAAAUUUCUACAACUUAUUAGGCAAAAGCCUUUCAGAUACAUUUGAAGCAAUUUUUCAAAGAAAUCUAACUUGAAGCAGAUAUAUAACUCCGAAAAUAGAAAGUUCGCGCUUACCAGAAGUAUCAACUAAUCUAAAAGAUGUUCUUUUUGUUUAUAAAAGAUCGUCUAAAAUAAAUGCAUAUAUUUACGAAGGCGAAUAUAAGCUAAUUUCCAGUUUUAAUGAAAAAAAAGCCUUUUGCUUAUUCAACGAGCAGUGGUAUGAUUGCAACAGUAAUAGAGAAUCAUUAAUAAAAGGAUCACCUGAUUUCACUUUUCCAGCAACUUUGGUUUAUAUGAGAGUUAAAAAACUUUUGAUAGCUAAUAACGUUGAAAUAACAUCUGAGCAAAACCGAAGAGUACAACAGUUAGCAUUUGAGAUUAAAUCAAAUGGAAUUGCUAGAAGGAAUACUUCAGAAGAGCCUACUUCUGCUUCCAGAAAUUUUUCCAGCCCUCCUAAACCAUUUUCACAUGAGCAAAAUUAUAAAGAUCUGAAUACCGCAUCAGAAGUAGCAGAAAGAAGAUAUAAUAAAGAAGAUGUAGAAAGAGGCAAUAUUUUCAGAGAUAGAGAAACUAGAAAGACUGAUGGCUCUGACUUUAAAAUCGAUCAAAUUAUGAAAAUAUUUAAUGAAAGAUACUUACUCCCGCUCUUAAUCGAACGGCCAUACAUCUUUUAUUCAAAUAUUGAGAUUAAAAAAAUUCUAGGAAUAUAAAUUUUUUACCCUCAUAAUAAUUAUUUCUCACUUCAAAUAUUUAUGCACUAAAAAUUAGAGAUAGAGUAUAAAACCUAUUAGCAAAUAUUCUAGAAAUCGCAUUUUAAUUACUUAUAUUCAUUAUGUUGCAAUAUUGCUAAUAUUCAUUGCUAUCAAUUAGGUCACUAGAUUUGAAGAAGGGCUUAAAAUAUGAAAAUAGUUUGAUUAAGAAGGGAUAAUUUUCUCGAUUUUAAGAAAAUUUAAAAAAAAUUGUUAAGCAAAGAUGUGGGAGUUAGAAAUUGAGACAAGAUUAACAAAAAAUUUUGAAACGAAACUCCAGAAAAGUUUAGAAAAGCACAAAUAUGAAGAGUCUUUAAAAUAUCAGCAAGUAAAUAAAAUCAAAGAAGAACUAUUAAACUCUGCAGUUAAUUAUGAUCAAAUGCAACAGGAAAAAAUGAUGAAUAUAAAAAAUGAGCUUAUAAAUUUAGAAAAAAAGCACUUUGGUUUAUUACAAAUUUUAUCUAAGGCAUUAAAUUCUUUAGUUAGCAAACUCAAAGACAAAGUUUCUAGAAAUUUAAAUCCAUCAAUUAAUUCAGAAAAAUUAAAAGAAGAAGUACAGAAUGAGAUUUAUAAAAUUACUGAAGAUAAGUUUAGUGACCUCAACAAAGAAGUUAGCAAUUUGAAAGCCAAGUAUGAAAAAUUAUACAACGAAAUCAAAAAUAAGGAUUAUUCUAUUCAGGAUAUCAAUAACAAGUUGAAAGAUAUUGACCGAAAAAUUAUAAAUCUUCCAAAUAAGGAAGAAAUCGAGACAAAAAUGACUAGUCUUCAAAAUAAAAUUAAUAGCUGAAAAGAUGAAAGAGGAAGUAGCUUAAAGGAUUGGGAAUCUCUUAAAGCGCAAAUUAACUUCCUGGAAGAAUCAAUUUCAGACAAUAAGAAUGAGAUAAGUAACGCAAGCAAUAAGAUAAAGGAAUUAGAAAUUAAAACGAAUAGACUUUAUCCCGGGUAUUCUAUCGAAAUUAGUGAUCAUCAAAAUGAGCAGAAUAUCCAUCCAAUAGCAGACCAAUCAAAGACUAUCUCUCCAAAAUUACCUGAGAUGAAAAAUUAUCUAAAAAAUAAUUUAGAUAACGCACACGAUAAUUAUAAGCAAUCAGAGAGCCAAACGAUGAAGACUUAUUCUCCUGAGAGCCAAACUCACAUCAGUAAUUCUCGGAAUGUAUCUAGUAUGGAGCUAUCACUAGUUAAUCAAUCAAAAAGCCUCCCUCAUGCAUCAAUUAAAGAGCCCUCAGGCUACCAGCAAAUUAAAAAUGAAAGAGCAUAUCCCAGCUUUCAACAAUCUAUUAAAAAAAAUAUAAUUAGCCGCAGCAGUGCUUUCAGCAAAUCUGGGUUGCCUAAUAUAGGGAAUACUUGCUAUAUGAAUUCUCUUAUUCAAAUAUUUGCAAGUGCUACUGAAUUUGUGGAAUAUAUAAAAACAUUCUCCUCAGAUAAAUUAUUCCUCAGUUUAAGCCAAAUUAUUGAGUUAAUGCAAUCUAAUUCUGAUGACUAUUUUAUAGGACCGCAUAUAAUAGAAUUGAAAAAUAUACUUUCAGAAGAAUACUCAAUGGUACUUUUUAUUUAGUUUAUAGGAUCUUCUGAAAAUGAUGCAAAAGAGCUGUUUGCUAUUAUUUCGGAUAAAGUUGAAAAUCGAGAUCUUUUUACUAUUGUCAAAAAUCAAUCGUUUACCUGCAAACUUUUUCAACAUAAAGAAUAUAAUGAAGAUUGCUCAAAUUUUAUAAUUAUCCCAGUAAAUAAGCAAAAUGAUAUAGAAAAUUACUUUAAGGAAAUAAAAGAAUUGAAAAUUUAUUCAGGGGAAAAUCAGUUAAAUUGCACGAACUGUGGAAAAUUGAGAGAAACUAUAAUGAAAACUGAAAGUAUCCAAUGGCCAAAAAUUUUAGCAAUUUAUAUGCCGAAUUAUCAGUCUUCAAGUAAAAUUCCAGAUUCAUUGAGGAUUGAUUAUAAUAAUCUUUAUAGCAUUUUUGGAGUUAUAUGCUAUUAUGGGAACCAUUUUAUAGCAUUCACUAAAAAUAAUCAAAAUGAAUGGGAAAAGUAUAAUGAUUCUCUAGUGAGUAAAAUGGAUCCUGAUUGGAAUAGACUUUAUCUUGCAUUUUAUAAGAAAAAUAGAUUUUAA